CUUGCUUUUACACGUACGACGCAGCAGCACAGCUCGCCGCCUCGCCGUCUCUUAGCUGAGGCGUCCGACGCCACCGCCCCCAAUCCGGUGAAUCUGACUCACCGCUGCCGCCAUGAACUGCGCGGUGGCGUGGUCUCCCCCCUCAUCCGCUCUCGUCCACCGUCCCGGCCGUGUACGCAGGUGGCGCUCCUCCGUCCGGCCCUGCGCGGCGGCCGUGGAGCAGGAGGGCGGCGCCGCGGGGGAGGCCCCGCGGCUGGUGCUGCACGACUCCCUCGACUCCGUGGGGGUGGCCACCGCGCACGCUAGGGCGGCGCGGGAGGGGUUCGUGGCGCAGGUGGGGCGGCUCACCCGGGUAAGUGCGGGGAGCAGCAUCGCCAUCAGCCGCGGCCCUGACCUCGCCCGCGCAGCGCUCUGCGUCGCUGCCGAGGACGACUCGCUCGUCUCCCACUCCUCGGUCCCGCUCCCCGUAGAUGCCUUCAUCGCGCGCCUCGACGACCUCUCCACGGGCUUCUGCGCCGGCGGGAACUUCCCGCCCUCGGGUGCGCCGCCCGAGGUCUUCUUCGAUUACCUUAACCGCUACCUCUACGUCCAUAAGGGGUUUCGGAGAACAAAUGGAGUGUCAGAUGUGCGGAUUAUGUACCUUCACUCGGUCUUGACAUGCCGUUCUGGAUCAGCUCUAAUGCUUGCGUUAAUAUAUUCAGAGAUAUUGAAGACUGUACGAACAUAUGGCUUACUGGAUUUUGAUGCAGAGAUUUUCUUUCCAAAUGAUCUCAAUAGCCUCCCUAGGGGCUAUGACAAACAAAAAAGCAAAUUGGUCGAUGAGCCACAUAUUAUGACUUCAAAGUCACUUUUGGUUGAGACUUUGAGAACUUUGAAGUGUGCAUUUUGGCCAUUUCAAUCUGAUCAGUCUAGUAGCUUAUUUCUAAAUGCUGUUGCUGCAAACCAGCGUGGCCCUGGUACUUUAGGUGAUAACCAAGCGAGGUCAUAUGGGAACACAAGUGCCAUUGAGAUGGCUGCUGCUAAAGCUGCUCAGCAUAGAUUGAUGCGUGGAGUAUGGACUAAUGCUCGUUUUGGUGAUAUGCGUCGUGCUUUAGCAGCUUGUGAGCGACUGAUACUACUGCAUCACGAUCCGCAUGAACUGAGGGAUUAUGCAGCCCUUCUGUACCACUGUGGGUACUAUGAAGACUGCCUACACUACUUAUCAUUGUACCAAACUGCAAAGUCUGGGAAAUCCCCAACCAAUCGAUUGGAGAUCUUGGAGGACGAAGCUGUGAAUACUCUCAAAGCGCGGUUAAUGCUUAUUUUAGCAGAGGAUGGCUGGAGCAGAUGUAGACCUGUGGCAAGGUACUGGACCAAGAACUCUGAGCCGUGGUAAUUAGAGCUGGCCAACGUUGCGGCUGAAGCAAAUAACUACAGAUUGUACAUAGCAUUUUCAACUGUGGAUAUGUUGUACAGUCACUUGGUAAUCCAUGCGGGAUGUGAAUCAAAUUCCUAAUUUUAUACAACACCGCGUUGUUGCUU